AUGCGUUUCCCCUUUCCGUCCGCAGUGGCAGUGGCAGCUCUUGCUGCAAUCCCUCAAGCUACGGCCAUCGCCACGGACAUCGACCAGUGGGAUGUCCUCGCUGGCAAGGCCUUGGCCAACCAGGUGCUCUACCAGUUCACCAAGCCCCGAUACACCGAUAGCGAAUGCACGCCCUUCAAUGCCGCUGUUCGUCGAGAAUGGGGGACCCUCUCCAAGCAGGAACGCAAGGAGUACAUUGACGCUGUAAUCUGUCUCACUGAGAGUCCCUCGCAAAUCGACCCUGCCCUGGCUCCUGGCGCGCGCACUCGCUACGACGACUUUGUGGCGGUUCACAUUAACCAAACACUGAGAAUCCACACGACAGGAAACUUUCUGACAUGGCACCGGUACUUUACCUGGGCCUACGAGCAGGCCCUCCGCAACGAGUGUGGCUAUACCGGUUACCAGCCAUACUGGGCCUGGGGCAAAUACGCUGAUGACCUGUUGAACUCGCCUAUCUUUGAUGGCUCUGAGUAUAGCAUGUCGGGCGACGGGUUAUAUAUCCCCCACGAUGGGCCCGAGAUCUUCACAGGCCUGUUCCUGGAACCCGGAAACGGCGGCGGCUGCGUCACCUCUGGCCCAUUCAAAAAGUGCAUACUUCACCCUAUACCCUCCUUGACUGUAAACCUCGGCCCCCUCUUCGUAACCCUGAACGUCCCCGGCGUCAAAGCCCAAAACGGCACGGGCCUAGAGUCCAACCCGCGCUGCCUCCGCCGCGACAUCAACGCCGACGCCGCGAAAUGGACAACAGACGCACACGUCACCGACCUCAUAACCAACUACCGCGACAUCUCCUCCUUCCAAAACAGACUGCAGGGCGACUUCGACAACGGCUACGUCGGCGUGCACACAGGCGGGCACUACACGAUUGGCGGGGACCCAGCCGGCGACUUCUACGCUUCCCCCGGGGACCCUGCGUUCUUCCUACACCAUGCAGCGAUAGACCGGGUUUUCUGGACGUGGCAGAACCUGGACCCUGCUACUCGCACGUUUGUGGUUCACGGCCCGACGCUGUUGCCUGGGCGUGGACCGAGUCCGAAUGCGACGCUGGACGACGUGCAGUAUUUUGAUGUUCUUGCGCAGGAUCGGACGAUCCGCGAGCUGCUGGAUACGACUGCGGGGCCGUUUUGCUAUGUUUAUCUUUAG